UAUCAACUGUUUUAUCUAGCUAGAUAAUGAGAAAUUAUAUAAAAGGGACUUGUAGCACUAGCGUACGUUUUAACGUGAUUUUAAUCUAGAACAAUGCGCUCCCUGAUUCUUCUUGCUCUGGUCGGAGCCGCUCUUGCGGUCCCCGAGGUCCAGAACCGCAUCGUCGAUGGUGAAGAGACCACCAUCGAGCAGUACAGGUUCAUGGCCAACCUGGAGUUCUCCUGGCAGGGAGUCGUGUGGACCAGCAACUGCGGAGGAGCCAUCAUCACCACCAACGCCGUCCUGACCGCUGCUCACUGCCCCUACGGAGACCAGGUCAGCCAGUGGCGCGUGCGCGCCGGCAGCUCGGCCACCGCCAGCGGAGGCAGCAUCCACCAGCUCAGCGCCAUCAGGAUCCACCCCGACUACAACAGGUUCCAGAACGACGUCGCCGUCCUCAUCCUGAGCAACCUCCUGACUGUGUCCCCUCAAGUUGGAGCCGCCCGCCUGGCUGGUGCCUCUUACAUCCUGCCCGAGAACAGCGUGGUCACUGCUCUCGGAUACGGUCUGCUUGCUGACGCUGGUGACGUGUCUCCCAGCCUUAAGAAGAUUGACGUGAGCAUCAGCAACCAGCAGGCUUGCAUCGACCUUUACGAGGAGCUGAAGGUUACUGAGCCCCACUGGCCCACUAUUGGCCAGGGUAAUGUCUGCACGGCCUCUAACGCUAACGGCGGUAGCGCUUGCAACGGCGACGGCGGUGCCCCUCUGGUCUCCGAGAAUGACAUCAUCUACGCUCUGACCUCCUGGGGAAAGAACUGCAACGACGACAAAUACCCCAUCGUCAACGUCUUGGUCCCCAACUACAUCGACUUCAUCGUUGGCUCCGUAUAAGACUCUUAUGUUUUACAGUGAAACUAUUUUUUUUAUUUUUACUGCUGUUUAAAAUAUCCAUCGACAAGAUUACCAGCCAUGACUACAAUAAUAUACUAAGUACCUACUAGAUUUUACACUCAGUAAUUACCUUUCUAGUUAAGAUAGUUAACCACUCUGACUUUUAUGUGGUUAUUAGGUAAGAAAUAAAAGACUCACAAAGUA